UAUAAUAACCCAUUUGCAAGUGAACGCUAAGCGUCGAAGCAAGUUCGCAUCAGUUGGAUAUCUAAUCUCGAAAGGAACGAAUGUUUUUUUGAAUUACGCGCGACAGUAUUUUGUUUUGAGUAAUUAAUCGUGUUUAUAUCAUUGUGGGCUAGUCUGUUAACACCUUAUUCGUUUUUGGACUUCGUUUGAAGAUGAAGAAUUACGUAUACGUCUUCGUAGGAAGUAUACUCCUAAGCACAGUAUCUCAUGCAGUUCCUCUCGGAGGAAUUAGCGAGACGAUCGGCGAUCAAAAAGACGCAAAACUAGACGACCAACCUUAUGGCCUAGCAGAGAGUAAUGAUAAUGUAAAUGAAAAUAAGCCAGGACAAAGAGAAAAAAGAUUUUACAAUUACUUUGACUACAAUAACGGUUUCAAUAUAAACCAAGAUUUUCCCAUUCCAUUCCGUCAAAAUAUCCAAAGAAGGGAGCCAUACAAUAGCUUCGGUAACUAUGGUUCACAGGACACAUUAGAUCUAAUUCUCACCAAGCUGCAGGAAAUAGCUAGAGACAGAACCUACUUACCUCCACGUACCAUAACCAUACCAGUUCCAACCUAUAUUCCCGUCUUAUACGUUCCAAAAGUAACUUGCGACUGUUCAUCAAAUGAUGCAACCAAAAAACCACGUCCUGUUAACAACACAACUAUGCCAGAUUUUCCAGAUAGGUUCUCGCCUACUGAUGACACACAAAAUUCAGAUAGUUCGGAAGAUUAUACUGAGGAUGAAGGAUCGAGACCGCUUUCAUUUAAUCCUGUGAAAUUAGAUGAACCAUUAAGUAAACCGCCGCCUCCAUUAGAACACGGAAGUGUCCAGGCUGGGUUGGAGCCAGCAAUUCCUGAACUAACAACAAGAAAUCCAGUAACUCUGGAAAAAGAUGUUACGGAUUCAUCACAAGACACACCACCUACACCCUGCGAGAAAGCCUCUGUAUCAUGUUGUCUUAAACCUACAGUCAACUAUACUUGUUUCACGUCAUAUGGAUGCAAUGAUUUGGCGUAUUUUAAAAAUGGAUGCGUUCUAGAUCGUAUGUUACCCGCAAUACAGAAGUUAGAAAGAUUCUUGAAACGAAAAGUAUCUACUGGAAGUUAAAAUAUAAUCAAACCUUAAAGAAUACAUACAUAUAUAUUUAGUGUGAUCCAGAAUUGUAUGUUCAAGAACAUGCUAAGUUUUUUACUUAUAUAGAAGAAAAUUAUUAACACAAUGUUUAUUUAUAUUGCCUUCUAAUCAUCUUAAAAUUCUUAAUCAAUGUUUGAUGUAAUUUUACAGAAAAUUUAUAAACGGUACAGAUAAAUUUCGAUUAUAAAGGUUUUAUACAACUUUCAAUACGUCGAUUAUAAGCAGUGUCUGUUUUUUUUAAUUAUAAUAUUCGAUAUAGUUGACAUAGCUUGACUGCGAAAUAUGUGUGCCUUAAUUAAUAAUACUCUUUAAAGCAUUUUAUGUGUAAUAUUAAGAAAAUGUAUUAAACAAACAACUUACUUAUAAGCGGUCUGUAUAAAAUCUAACGAAAAAUAUUUUUUAUUUAUUUUAUAUAAUGGCAGCUUAAUGUAAUGUAUUUUUCAUGUUAGUCGAUAACACUGCAUCCAAUUCGAUAUACUCUGGUGACCUAUUUUUAGAGUGUAUAUUUAAAAGGUAUUGUAAUGCCCCAUUUAGUCUUAGUUUUGAAUAUUCAAACCGUUGCGGAGGAAGGAAGGUGCUAUUCCUUCUCCGACCUUAAUUGUCAGCUCUCCAGCCUUAUCACUAACAGGCCGGCAAUCAAAGGCCUCAGUGGUUAUGCUAGAUAAGUUGUGUAUAUAUUAGCGGUCGGAAUAACUUCGAUAGCGUGUUUUAGAGUAUGACGUCAUCGAAAUGAUUUGUAGGGGCAGAUUGUAGGUGUCGCUACACCGUGUCAUAGUUUGUUCCUAUAACUAGAUAAUGUAAGAUAUAUUGUAAUACUUUUAACUUUAGUGCGAUAAAGUAAAAUUAAAUACAAUUAUUUAUUGUAACUUAUGCUCGUAACGUCUACAGUCUGUCGAAUAUAAGCGAGCGUGUGGUAAAAUAAUUUCCAACUUUGGUGGCUCUAGCAGCGUUAUUCAGUGAAAUGAAGCUUUGCGAAAAACACUGAUUACAAAGAGCAAUAGCCUGUACUUAAAGAUCAGUAUUAGACGAAAACAAGUAUUCCAUAAAAUCUGUAACAAUAAUUUUAUAAUUAUAGUGUAUUGAUUAUUUUGUACACGUACAACCUCACAUAUUGUAUUAUCAACAUUUUCGGAACACAACAACAAUAUGACAAUAAAUCUUAAUUAUAUGCAAACAUUAGUUUCUUAAAUUUAUAAUUAUCUUUCGGGACUGUAUUUGUUUUGAAUAAGUUACGUUAUUCGCUCGUUAUAUAGUCAUCUGUUUGUGAAAUAAUUGUAUUUGAAUGUUGCUUGCCAAAUCCCUUACGGUGAGCUUACCGAAAGAUGGCGCUAGAAUUAAUAUUGGCUUCUAAUUGGCCGUCUGCGUCCUAAGCGACCCGUGACUCGGCCUUAGGAAACGUUCAGAAUAUAUUUCUAUGUAUGUUAAAUUAUUGUAAUAAUAAACACGAUUUAUUUGUAAAA